CCGGUGGAGCUCGCCGUCGUUCAUGGCCUCCCCCACGCCCCCCUCCUCUCGCCCCUCCCCUUCCCUCACCACCCAACCGAACCAACCAGCCCACCAACCCGAAGAGAAAAGCGAGCGGAGGCGAGAUGGCGACCGGACGCGAGGCCGGCGAGGCGGCGCCGGGGGAGGAGGAGGAGCAGAGGGAGUGGGCGGAUCUGACGCCGGUGUGCCUGGCGGAGGCGUUCUCGUGGCUGGGCCUGGAGGACCUAUGGUGCGGCGCCAUGGCGUGCUGCCGCUCCUGGCGGGCGGCCGCGCGCUCCCGGCCGGCGCUCUUCGCCGCGCUCGACCUCCGUCCGGCUUUCGAGGCCGUCGGUGCUGCACUUCUGGGCGCCGCGCUCGACCCCACCACGCGCCGGCCAGGUUCGCCGCCUAGGCGACGGGUGGGACGAUCCGUCAGAGGAGGGGGCGCGGAGGGAGAGGAAGGUGGAGGUGGCGCAGAGCAAACUGCCGAGAAGCUGCAGAGCCAGGCCUCCCCCGACGACGAGUUCGAGAACGAGAAGUUCGAGCUCCAGAAGGAUCUGUUCCAUGAGGUUGAAACUGUGGAUGUCUACUCUUCCAUAAGCUGUCUGGAUCUUCGUACUCUUGCUGUGCUGGCAAACUCCACCCUGUCCAGCUCAAGGUUGGAAUGUCUAUUGACCCAAAGCUGUUCCAAAGCUGUUUCUGUCAAACUUCCCAGCAGUCUCUUUGAUAUUAGGUCUCUUAAUUAUUGGAAAGACACUGGUAGUAACAUUUAUUGGUAG